AGAGAGACUCACCUGACAAAGUUCACCGGAGAGUCUAGAUCUCUCUUCUCUUCCACAUCGAAGUUUGAUUCGUCACCGGCGAAAUCCUUUUUCUCCGACGACAUAAUGCCGUAUAAGACGGUGAUAGAAGUGGAGCCUCCGAGUCUGUUGCGGUACUUGAUCGGAGCAGCGGUGAUGAUGAUCGGCGUCGUAUUACCCGUUGGUUACAUGAUGUUCCGCAACAAACGCGUCCCCUUCUCGUCUUCGUAUUCUAAACAGACGUAGGAACAAAGUUUUGAUAUAGAAGCCUCAGAGGCUGCAGUUGAAUUCAACUGAACUGAGAAGGAUGAUGAUGACAUAUUGAUACGGACGACUGUAAAAUUAUGGUGGAAUUCUUGUUUUUUUACAUGGCUUGUAAGAGAUCCUUCCAUAACGCAUUCAUAAACUAUAGUCUUCUUUGUUUAGGUUAUUCAAGGUCUAUUAUGUACACAACCUCUUCUCUUUGGUGGAAAGAUUUCAUUCGCUGACUAGAGUUAGCAUGAACCACAAAUUUAUAUAAUACUUAAAACUUAAUUCUUUCCA